UCGCUUAUCAUCUAUUUAAUGACACCAUAAAACCUUCGUAUAUUCCCUCAAUUCUUACAUAACUAAUAAUGGAUCAGAGGUCAUUAGAAGCUGCUGCUAAGUCUGGAAACAUCGAUCUAUUAUACGAACUUAUCCAUGAAGAUCCAUACGUCCUCGAUAAAAUCGACAACGUGCCUUUCAUUGACACUCCUCUCCACGUUGCAGCCCUCGCCGGAACAACAGAGUUCGCCAUGGAAAUGAUGCACUUGCAACCUUCUUUUGCUAGGAAACUUAACGCCGACGGACUUACUCCGUUACACCUCGCCAUCGACCAUGGCCACUUUUGGCUAGUGCUCGAACUAGUUAAGGUUGAUCCAAGCCUUGUUCGUCUUAAAGGGAGACAAGGUAUGACGCCAUUACUACUUGCGGUGAGCAAAAAGAAAAUCGAUUUAAUAUCAGAAUUCUUUUUGGUUUGCCCCAAGAGCAUCGUGGACGCAAACGUGAAUGGAGAGAACGCUCUCCACAUUGCUGUGAAGAACAACGAACCUAGAGAAGGGUUAAUAGUCCUUAAAGUUCUCAUGGGAUGGAUCCUAAGAUUGUGUCAAAAGGAUGCAGAGCGGACCGAGACAAGAGUCAUAAACUGUAGAGACAAAGAUGGAAACACGCCUUUACAACUCGCAGCGUACCAUAACAACCACCAAGCUAUGAAACUGAUGUUAAAGAGUUCGAAUGCUAAUGUCAACAUCGAGAACAAGAACGGUUUAACCGUUCUUGACGUUGCCGUGUUACUCAGAAGAGAAGGCAGCAGAUGGGGUCGCGUAGAGAGAAUGGUCAAGUGGCAUGGCGGAAAACGUUCGGCUUCUCUGGUUAAGAUUAAGACAACAUCUGAUAUACUCAGCUCCAAGCUAACAUGGUGUGAAUCAAGGCGAACGAAGAGUAUUCGGUCUUAUUCUUGGAUCUCCGAAGAAAGAAGAAACGCUCUUUUAGUUGUCGCCACUCUUAUAAUCACAGCUACUUAUCAGACCGUUCUCCAGCCUCCCGGAGGCGUUUCUGACGGUGGAACAACUAGCAAUGCAACAACAAGUAGUAAUGGAACAACUAGCGGUGAGAAAGCGGGUUCGGUGGUAAUGAGUGACGGAUAUUUUGUAUGGCUAUGGAUGUGGAACAGUGUGGGCUUUAGCUUAGCCACAGCACUGACGCUGCGUUUGUUGAGCUUAGGGCAAGAGAGUGCGUUUUGGUAUUAUCCGCUCUUCAUGCCUCUUUUUCUGGCUUACUAUGCUGCAGGGGAAGUGAUCUCGCCGAACGACGUAAUGUUCUUCCCCGGAAACGUGGGUUGGUGUUUUCUUCUGCUCAUUUGGGCUGGGGUGGUCUGCUUUUGGGAAUGGUUACAGUCUAAGCGAGCCAAGGCGCGUGGACCCAAGAGUGGUUUAGUGUGGGAAGGUUUCACUACGUUGGAUCAAGCUAGAGGUGUUACGCCUAAGGGGUAUGUCAUUAAGUGAUCUUGACUUGAUCUAAUAAUUUUAUUGUAAAUUAUUAUGUACUUGUUUUAAAAAUGUAUAAUAUCCAGAAGAGAAGAUCAUAAAUAAUUGCUGGGGAAGUAAAACAUAUUAUGCGACUUGUAAGAUGAACAGUUUAUGUUUGAUAUCAUUAGUAUAUUUUUUAAACACAA